CCCUUUUUCCGACUGCUGAACCUGCGAAAGCUGGGCCUCAGUGACAACGAGAUCCAGCGUCUCCCACCCGAAGUGGCCAACUUCAUGCAGCUGGUGGAGCUGGACGUGUCUCGCAACGACAUUCCAGAGAUCCCCGAGAGCAUCAAGUUCUGCAAAGCCCUGGAGAUCGCAGACUUCAGCGGGAACCCUUUGUCCAGGCUCCCCGACGGCUUCACCCAGCUCCGCAGCCUGGCCCACCUGGCCCUGAACGACGUGUCCCUGCAGGCGUUGCCAGGGGACGUGGGCAACCUCGCCAACUUGGUGACCCUGGAGCUUCGGGAGAACCUGCUCAAGUCUCUGCCUGCGUCCCUGUCCUUCCUAGUCAAGCUGGAACAGCUGGAUCUGGGAGGCAACGAUCCACCCUUGCAGCCUGACACUCUCGGGGCUCUGCCCAACCUGCGCGAGCUGUGGCUGGACCGGAACCAGCUGUCGGCGCUGCCUGCGGAGCUGGGGAACCUCCGGCGCCUUGUGUGCCUGGAUGUGUCGGAGAAUCGGCUGGAGGAGCUGCCAGGAGAGGUUGGCGGCCUGGCGCUGCUCACGGACCUCCUGCUGUCCCAGAACCUGCUGCAGCGGCUGCCGGACGGCAUCGGCCAGCUGAAGCAGCUGUCCAUCCUGAAGGUGGACCAGAACCGCCUGUGUGAAAUGACAGAGGCCAUCGGGGACUGUGAGAACCUGUCGGAGCUGAUCCUGACCGAGAACCUCCUGACGGCCCUGCCCCGUUCCUUGGGAAAGCUUACAAAGCUGACCAACCUUAAUGUGGACCGGAACCGCCUGGAAGGGCUGCCCCCUGAGAUUGGCAGCUGCACGGCUCUCAGUGUGCUCUCCUUGAGGGACAACCGCUUGGCUGCCCUGCCCCCGGAGCUGGCCCACACAGCCGAGCUGCACGUGCUGGACGUGGCUGGGAACCGCCUGCAGAGUCUGCCCUUCGCGUUGACCCACCUCAACCUCAAAGCCCUGUGGUUAGCGGAGAACCAGGCCCAGCCAAUGCUGCGCUUCCAGACGGAAGACGACGUGCGCACGGGCGAGAAGGUGCUCACCUGCUACCUGCUGCCCCAGCAGCCGCCAUCCAGCCUUGAGGACACAGGACAGCUGAGCACGCCCAGUGACAACUGGAGCGACACCCCUCUGAGCCGUGUCAGCGUCAUCCAGUUCCUGGAGGCCCCUCUGGAUGAGGACUCGGAGGAGACCGGCUCCGAAACACGGGGCCUGCAGCGCCGCGCCACCCCCCACCCCAGUGAGCUCAAGGUCAUGAAGCGGGGCAUCGAGGAGCGCCGGGCUGAGCUGCACCCCGGCACGCCAGGCCCCGGGCUGCCUGCCCCCUCAGAGGAGGACAAGAGGCAGAGCACUGGAACUGAGCCAAACGAGGCCUCCCCUGGGUCGGGGAGCACCAGCUCCCAGGGCGAGGUCCCACCAGGCGAGCUGGAGGACCUGGGCCCUCAGGACACCCCUGUAGCCAGUCCACAGGAUGAUGUGGAGGAAGACUAUGAGGAGCCCACAGUGCACUUUGCGGAGGACACGCUGCUACCGAGGGAAGACAGCGAGGAUGAGGAGGGGCCGCCCGAGGCCCCCUGGCCCGAGCCAGGUGGGCGGCAGCGGCUCAUCCGCAAGGACACACCGCACUAUAAGAAGCACUUCAAGAUCUCCAAGCUGCCGCAACCCGAGGCUGUGGUGGCCCUGCUGCAGGGCAUGCAGCCAGAGAGCGAGGGCCAGGCUGGGCUCGGAGGCUGGCACAACGGCCCACACGUACCCUGGGUGCCUCAGACCGAGGAGGAAGACGAGGAGGAAGAGGAGGAUGCUCCGGAGGAAGCUGUGGUCUCUGCACCCUCAGUCAAGGGGGUGUCGUUUGACCAGGCCAAUAACCUGCUGAUCGAACCCGCCCGCAUUGAGGAAGAGGAGCUGACACUCACCAUCGUCCGACAGACGGGUGGUCUGGGCAUCAGCAUCGCUGGGGGCAAGGGCUCCACUCCCUACAAGGGAGAUGAUGAGGGUGUAUUCAUCUCCCGAGUGUCAGAGGAGGGCCCCGCAGCCCGCGCGGGCGUCCGUGUGGGGGACAAGCUCCUGGAGGUCAACGGUGUGGCCCUGCAGGGCGCUGAGCACCAUGAGGCCGUGGAGGCCCUUCGGGGAGCAGGGACCACGGUGCGAAUGCGCGUGUGGCGGGAGCGCAUGGUGGAGCCGGAGAACGCCGUCACGGUCACACCUCUGCGGCCCGAGGACGACUACAGCCCCCGGGAGAGGCGAGGGAGUGGCCUGCGCCUGCCCCUGGCAGAGGCCCCUGGGUCACUGCGCCAGCACCACGCAGCCUGCCUCGUGCGCAGCGAGAAGGGCCUGGGCUUCAGCAUUGCUGGCGGCAAGGGCUCCACGCCCUACCGGGCUGGGGACACGGGUAUUUUCAUUUCCCGCAUCGUGGAGGGCGGGGCGGCCCACCGGGCAGGCACCCUGCAGGUCGGCGACCGGGUCCUCUCGAUUAACGGGGUGGAUAUGACGGAGGCGCGCCACGACCACGCCGUGUCCUUGCUCACGGCCGCCUCACCUACCAUCGCCCUGCUUCUAGAACGAGAAGCUGGGGCACCCCUGGCCCCCAGCCCACUCCCACACUCCCCUCUGCACCCCACUGUUGCUCUCACCCCAACAACUGCCACUGGUGGGGAGCUUGGGCCACCAAGACUGGCCCCUGGCCUGCUCGCUGCUGCCCUGGAGGGGCCCUACCCUGUGGAGGAGGUCCGGUUGCCUAGAGCAGGGGGCCCUCUGGGACUCAGCAUUGUUGGCGGCUCUGACCACUCCAGCCACCCAUUUGGUGUCCAGGAGCCUGGUGUGUUCAUCUCCAAGGUACUCCCACGGGGCCUAGCUGCACGUAGUGGCUUGAGGGUCGGGGACCGGAUCCUGGCCGUCAAUGGGCAAGACGUGCGCGAUGCCACACACCAGGAGGCCGUCACGGCCCUGCUGCGCCCCUGCCUGGAACUCUGCCUGCUGGUGCGCAGGGACCCACCUCCCCCUGGCAUGAAGGAACUGUGCAUCCAGAAGUCUCCUGGGGAGAAGCUGGGCAUCAGCAUCCGGGGGGGCGCCAAGGGCCACGCAGGAAACCCCUGCGACCCCACCGACGAGGGUGUUUUCAUCUCCAAGGUGAGCCCCACGGGGGCAGCAGGCCGGGACGGCCGGCUGCGGGUGGGGCUGCGGCUCCUGGAGGUGAACCAGCAGAGUCUCCUGGGCCUGACACACAGUGAGGCAGUGCAGCUGCUGCGGGCCGUGGGAGACACCCUUACUGUGCUCGUCUGUGAUGGCUUCGACUGCAGUACUGCCAAUGCCCUGGAGGUGUCCCCAGGCGUCAUCGCCAACCCAUUUGCAGCAGGCAUCAGCCGUCGAAACAGCACAGAGAGUGUCUCCUCCGUGGACCGUGAGCUGAGCCCUGAGGGCCCUGGCAAGGACAGGGAACUGGCUGGACAGACCCUACCCCAGGCGCCCGAAGCCGCAGAGCCCAUGGCUUGGAGCCCAGAGCCGCUGAAGCUGGACUACCGCAUCCUGGCUGCCGUGCCCAGUGCUGGGAGUGUGCAGAGGGUGCCGUCAGGACUCCCCGGAGGCCAGACAGCUGAGGUCCCCAGCUCUCCCAGGAGCCAGCAGCCGCCGACCCCACCGUCCCCGGACGAGUUGCCCACCAAUGUGAAGCAAGCGUAUCGGGCGUUCGCUGCCGUCCCCAGCCAGCACCCACCUGCCACCACUUUGGCCCAGCCCUCCACACCCGGGCCAGCGGCCUCCCCAGAGCAGCUGUCCUUCCGGGAACGGCAGAAGUACUUCGAGCUGGAGGUGCGGGUGCCCCAGGCCGAGGGGCCACCCAAACGGGUGUCACUGGUGGGCGCUGAUGACCUGCGCAAGAUGCAGGAGGAGGAGGCCCGCAAGUUGCAGCAGAAAAGGGCACAGAUGCUGCGGGAAGAAGAGGCGGCUGGGGGUCCAGACGCAGGGCCCGCCCUGGACGGGGAGACGGCCAGAGAGAAAGAGGAUGAACCGCUGCCCUGGGCCCGGCCCAGCCCCACCGCGGGGCUCAGCCCUGCCUCCCCUCCGCCCCUGGGAGGCACCACUGUCCCUGUGCGGACAGCCAAGGCUGAGCGGCGCCACCAGGAGCGGCUGCGCGUGCAGAGCCCCGAGCUGAAGCUUCCGGAGCUGACAGUGCCCGAGCGGGCGCUGUCCCCCGCUGAGCGCCGGGCUCUGGAGGCUGAGAAGCGAGCCUUGUGGAGGGCAGCCAGGAUGAAGUCUCUAGAACAGGACGCACUGCGAGCACAGAUGGUCCUCAGCAAGUCCCAGGAGGGCCGGGGCAAGCGGGGGCCCCUGGAGCGGCUGACUGAGGCCCCCUCACCCGCGCCCACCCCCUCACCCACCCCCUUGGAAGAUCUCAGCCUUCCACCCAGCACAUCUCCUGGACGCCUGUCCUUGUCUGGAAAGAAGUUUGACUACAGGGUGUUUGCAGCCCUUCCCUCUUCCAGACCUGUCUAUGACAUCCAGUCCCCAGAUUUUGCUGAGGAGCUGAAAUCUUUGGAGAAGUCUCCAAGCCCUGGUCCACAGGAAGAGGACGGAGAGGUGGCCCUGGUGCUUCUGGGAAGACCAUCACCAGGCACCUUGGGUCCUGAGGAGGUGACCCUUUGCAGCAGCCGCCGACCUGUGCGGCCAGGGCGCCGAGGCCUGGGCCCUGUGCCUUCCUAG